AUGGAGCAUGAACAGGAUGAGCAGAGUGACUGUGAAUCUGAUGACGAAGAUACAGUUCAUGUUUUAUCUCUUACUGACAGUGAUGAUGAAUACUGGGUCACACUUCUGUUAGAGAGCCAAGCUGUGCGGAUGCAGGUGGACACAGGUACACGUGUAUCCAUGGUAUCUGAAGCUGUUUACAAGGAAAAGCUACAGCACCUCACUCUUCGAAAGACAAAGUUGAAGUUACGCACUUACACUGGUGAACCUGUCCCGGUGUUAGGUGUGGUGGAUGUAACUGUGGAACACAAUGAACAGGAAAAGACGCUUCCACUGUACAUCAUUCCAGGAAACCGUCCGGCUCUGCUAGGCCGCAGAUGGCUGAGAAGGCUCAGAUUGAACUGGCAGGAAGUGUUCCUAUUUAAGGAUGGAGACACAAGCCCCCUACACGAGAUCUUAAAGAAGCAUUCCAAAGUUUUUGAUGGAGAACUUGGAAGCAUGAAGAACAUCACAGUUAAGCUGACAGUCAAACCAGGAAGCACACCAAAGUGUCUAAAAGCUAGACCUGUUCCAUAUGCCAUCAAACCCAAGGUAGAGGCAGAGUUAGACAGACUAGUGAAGAGUGGAGUAUUGGAAUCUGUGAGCACAAGUGAGUGGGCUACACCGAUUGUUCCAGUCAUGAAAAAGGACGGAAGUCCACGGAUCUGUGGUGAUUUUAAAGUAACACUGAACCCUGUCCUGACUGCAGAACAGUAUCCAUUACCCCUCAUUGAUGACCUCUUUUCAGGGCUAGCUGGAGGACAGAAGUUUAGCAAGAUAGAUUUAUGUCAAGCAUAUCUCCAGAUGCAUGUUGAUCCAGAGUCACAGAUAUUGACCAUAAUGAUGCACAAAGGUCUAUACAGAUACCGGAGGCUCCCUUUUGGAAUAACCUCUGCUCCAGCACUUUUCCAAAGAGCAAUGGACCAGAUUCUGAGUGGGCUUCCAGGUGUCCAGUGCUACCUGGAUGACUUGCUCAUCACAGGACCAGACGAACAGUCUCAUUUAAGAAACCUAGAGGCAACACUGCAAAGACUGGAGGAAUAUGGUCUGAAAGUCAGGAAAGACAAGUGCGAGUUUUUUAAACCAUCUGUCGAGUACUUGGGACACGUAAUCGAUAGCUCGGGACUCCACAAAGCACCAUCAAAAGUGAAGGCUAUUGUGGAAGCUCCAUCCCCAAAGAACGUGAGCCAACUGAGAUCAUUCCUGGGUUUGUUGACCUACUAUGCCAGGUUCGUGCCCAACCUUGCCAACAAGCUGAAACCACUGCAUGAGCUUCUCAACAAAACCAAGUCAUGGAACUGGACGAACAAAUGUGAGGGAGCUUUCAAGGAGGUGAAGACCACCCUCUCUCGGUCUGAGGCCCUCACCCACUUUGACCCGGCAUUACCACUUCAGUUGGCAUGUGAUGCCUCCCCUUAUGGUGUGGGUGCGGUUGUGUCACACAUCAUGCCAUCAGGGGAAGAGAGGCCAAUUGCCUUUGCGUCACGAACAUUGAGCAAAGCUGAAAGUAACUACGCACAGAUUGAGCGUGAAGCUUUGUCUAUUGUGUUUGGAGUGAAGAAAUUCCACCAGUAUCUCUAUGGCCGGAAAUUCAUGCUGUUGACUGACCAUCGACCUCUCACCUCCAUCUUUGGUCCUCAUACUGGCAUUCCGUCACUUGCAGCCAGUCGUAUGCAGCGAUGGGCUCUGUUACUGUCUGCUCACCAGUAUGACAUCAAGUACAGGAAGUCGGACCAGCAUGGAAAUGCUGAUGGGCUCUUAAGGCUCCCAUUACCUGUCACACACACUAAGCCAACACGAGCUGAGACCUUCUACUUCAAAGAAGUGACUACUGCCCCAGUGACCUCAACUCAUGUCAAGAAACACACACGUACUGACCCAGUCAUGUCUGAGGUUUUGGACAUUGUCACUUGUGGGAGGAGAGGAGAAAUGACACCAAGCUUAAAGCCUUACCUGAUGAGAAGAAAUGAGCUCUCAGUCCAGUCUGGAUGCCUGUUGUGGGGUUAUCGUGUCAUUAUACCACCACCACUAAGAGAGAAAGUGCUGGCUGAACUCCACACUGGACACUGUGGCGUCAUGCGCAUGAAAGAAAUUGCACGUACAAGCUACUUUUGGUGGCCAGGUCUGGAUACAGCUAUAGAAGAGAAAGCAAAGUCAUGUUCUGCUUGCCAGAAACUAAGAAAUCUCCCACAGCUAGCUCCCUUACAUCCAUGGGACUGGCCUGAAGAACCAUGGCAAAGAGUCCAUGUAGAUUUUGCUGGACCACUAGAGAACCACAUGUUCUUAGUUGUAGUCGACGCCCAUAGCAAAUGGCCUGAGGUUGCCAUCAUGAAGAGCACUUCCUCAGAGAAAACCAUUGAAGAGUUAAGGUCCAUCUUUAGCCGUUUUGGUCUGCCACAACAGCUUGUCAGUGAUAAUGGCCCACAGCUAGUGUCUGAAGAGUUUGAGACAUUUAUGGAGGAGAAUGGUAUUCAGCACAUCAAGUCUGCACCGUAUCAUCCAGCCACCAAUGGGCUUGCUGAAAGAUUUGUACAGACCAUGAAGCAAGCUCUCACAUAUUCUCAAAGCGCCCAGUCCCUUAACAGGCGCCUCAGUUCAUUCCUUUUGUCAUACCGAAACACAGCUCAUGCUACAACCAAGGUGUCUCCUGCUUCGGCUAUGUUCAAAAGACAGCUUCGCACUUGA